AUGGGACAUGGCAGUCGAGCUACACAGGUGUACGUAUGGUGGACACGUGAACACGUGGUCAGCAGAGAAACAUGGAUGCCUCCAGAGGCUGACCACGGCGGCGACCUAUCGGAAGGCGAUAAGUUCAGUACUGUAUGUCUGAAGGAUGAGUCAACCAUGAAGCAAGAUUUACAGCGAGCUCGAAAGUGCUUCCUCGCCAGACUUUCCUACAGACAGCUGGGAAGGACGGCAUGCCUGACUGGGCAGUGGGAUGUGGUCUGUCGCAACGCAAAGCUGAGGGCCGUUCCUAACAACGAGCACGGUGUGCUAGCACGCAAGGACCCUGACAUUUGGCAUGAAUAG